UAACCCCACGCGGCCCCACCAAUCCUCUCUUCUCUCUUUCUCGUUUCUUCUGCUUCAAUCCAAAUCUCAGAGUCACUGUAUAAAUAUUUUAUUCAUAAGUUUAAUUCAUAUUCAUCACUCAAUCUUAUUAUAAAUUAUCUAUAACCGCGAAUUCAUUUUUCAGUUUCGUUCCUUGCCGCUCUCGCUGCUCGUUCAAUUUUCACAAAAGUUCGGAUUUCUGCGAUGAGGUUGUGCUUAUGAAGCGGUGCGUUGUGAAACUUUAUUAGUUCGUUUGGAUUUGCGGGACGAGUGUAUUGUGAUGGGAGAGGAGGUUAGUAUUGAUGUGGUGAAUGGUGGUAGUGAUGUUGGAAUUGAGAAUGGGAAUGGUAUGAGGAUUGAAUCGAAGCGGGACCAUCAGUGGGUAGAUGGUGAGGCUGAAGGAGAGCCAUGCACGAAAAAACAGGCCACUGAAGGUUUGAAAGACGUUAAAGAAUUGGAGGAUUCGAAAGAACAGCCCAAGGAAGUGUCUAAUGAUGAAAUGUGCUCGGAAGUUUCAGACCCUAAUUUCUCUCCUAAAGAGAAUGCUUCUUGUUUUCAUACCAUAAGUAGUCAAAAGAUAGAGGAAACAGUGAUUGAUAAUCAAGUUGAAACUACUGCGAGUGGUAAUCAUGGUGAAAUUACUGCCAGUGAUAACCAUGGCGAUACUACUGCUAGUGACAACCAAGGUGAAACUAUUGCGAGUGAUAAUCAAGGUGAAGCUAGUUCCACGUGUUCUGGAAAUUUUAGUACUGAGAGGGAGAGCCUGAGUGAAGAAGAACAUGGACACAAUGCAAUCGGGGAAAAGGGUUGUCAUUCUCAAGUUGUGAUUGAAAAUCAAAGUCAUGCCAGCAUCACUGGUAUUAGGAAAAUAACUUUUAAAUUCAGCAAAAAAAGGGAAGACUAUAAUAAUCAAAUAUUUGCUGCACCAGCAGGGCAGUCUGUUAUUAGUAGUUGCGGUGACGGAUAUAACAAAUUGCCUCACUCGAGUUCUUCCUUGGAAAUGGAACUCAAAACACAGAAUAAUAUUUAUGCUGGUAGUUCCCUGGUAAACGUAAAAAAACUCUUAUCAACUGGAAUUUUGGAAGGAGCUAGGGUGAAGUAUGUGUCUACUUCUGGGAAUAGGGAGCUUUCUGGAAUUAUCAGAGAUUGGGGAUAUCUUUGUGGCUGCUCUACUUGCAUUUUCUCCAAAGUGUUGAGUGCUCACGAGUUUGAGAUGCAUGCUGGUAGUAGAAGUAGGCACCCCAAUAAUCACAUUUUCUUGGAGAAUGGAAAUCCUAUUUAUAGAAUAAUACAAGAACUGCGGACUGCUCCUAUGGACAUGCUAGAAGAAGUUAUAAAACGUGUAGCUGGUUCAUCUGUCAAUGAGCUGCGCUUUCAGAAUUGGAAAGCGUCGCUCCACCAAAAAAUUGAAUUGCCUAAAGCAGAUGACAGUUGCUCCAACAAGUUUCUGGGCGUGCAUAACUUUAAUACAAGCCACUAUGCCAAAGUGAUUCGGAAGACUGAUGGCCCUGCAAGUUCCUAUGUUCAGAACGAGCCUUUUGAACACAGAAGUUACAUGGAUGCACUGGAAGAGCAAGAGGACAUGAUUAAUGGGCCAAGGGUUAACUUUUCUAGUUCUGUCUGGGAACAGAGAAGAUACAGUGAAGGUUGCACUAAGAAAAGAGACAAUGAUUUACAUAGGUUACUUUUUUUGCCAAAAGGACUUCGUGAUGGUACCAAGUUGGCUUAUUGUGCCAAAGGAAAGGACAUACUUGGAGGCUACAAGCAGGGGAAUGGUAUAGUCUGUAAUCACUGUAAUACCGAGGUUAGUCCUUCCCAGUUUGAAGCUCACGCUGGAUGGGCUGCUAAACGGCAACCCUACCGUCAUAUCUGUACUUCUGAUGGGUAUACCCUGCAUGAGAUUGCUAUGCUAUUAUCGAAGGGUCAAAGCAUUCAAAAUAUCGCUUCCAGCAAUAGUGAUGAUAUGUGUGCAGUAUGUGGAGAUGGAGGGGAACUUAUUGUUUGCGAUGGUUGUCCUCGUGCUUUUCAUUCAGUUUGUUUGAGAUUAGAGUGCAUUCCGACCGGUCAUUGGCACUGUCCACAUUGUACAGAAAGAUUUAGUUCCAGUGGAAGAAAUGGUGGAGAGUCUAGAUCUAUUAUCUUUCGACUCAAUCGAGUUGUUAAGGCACCAGAAUAUCAACCUGGUGGUUGUGUUGUUUGCAGGCUUCAAGAUUUUAGUGUUGAUACUUUUGAUGAGCGAACAGUUAUGCUUUGUGACCAGUGUGAAAAGGAGUUUCAUGUUAGCUGCUUGCGGGACGUUGGGUUGUGUGAUUUAAAGGAACUCCCAAAGGAUAAAUGGUUUUGUUGCAGUGAUUGCAAUGGGAUAUAUUCGACUAUGCAAAGUCUUGUUCUCAAGGGGAUUGAAAUGUUUCCAGCUUCAGUGCUAGAUGCAGUAAACAAGAAGAAUUUAGGCCACGGAUUAACUGUUGGAGCUGCAAAUAGUAUGCAGUGGCGAAUUUUAAGUGGGAAGAGUCGCUAUCCCGAGCAUUUGUCGUUGCUUUCUAGAGCUGCUGCAAUAUUCCGCGAAUGCUUUGAUCCUAUCGUGGCAAAAUCUGGUCGUGAUCUUAUACCUGUCAUGGUUUAUGGGAGAAACAUAUCUGGGCAGGAAUUUGGGGGAAUGUAUUGUGUGGUUUUGAUUGUAAAGUCUGUGGUUGUAUCAGCUGGUCUGCUAAGGAUAUUUGGCAAAGAGACUGCAGAACUUCCUAUUGUAGCUACAAGUAGAGAUAACCGAGGAAAAGGUUAUUUCCGGGCACUUUUUACUUGCAUCGAGCAGUUGUUGGUGUCCAUGAAUGUUGAGAAAAUUGUACUCCCUGCUGCUGAAGACGCUGAAUCUAUCUGGACGAAGAAAUUGGGAUUUAAAAAGAUAAGUGACGAACAGCUGGCAAAGUAUACAAGGGACCUCCAAUUGACAAUAUUUAAGGGGACCUCAAUGUUAGAGAAAAAGGUGCAACAUGACGUGAAUGUGCAGUCUACUGUUGUGGUGAAGACUUCUCAGAUGGCUGAUGCUUCUGGAACACCGGUUAUGGAGGAAGAGCAACAGGCUGCAGAUUAGCGCAGUGUUUCCUGAUUUCUCUCUUAGAAAUUAGAUUCAGCUUUUCAGCAGAAUAGCAAUUAGAAUAAACUUCUCAGAUUUUUUUUCCUGCGAAGUCCAUACAAUUGUUUUCCACGAGUUUAGAAAUAAAAGGCAGAGGGUUAUAAUACAGCUACGCAUGCUGACCUUUUAAUAUGCAUGCAUGAGGGAGUGUUGGCUCUUGUAGCCUGUAGGUUAUACAUUCGUGUGUAUAGAUAACAGUUUUCGGCUAUAAGAAUAUCGUGGUUGUGUUUUUGCCUUGAUAGAGAUUGUAUUCGUCCCUAUAUACUGAAAUCAGAGUGCAGUGAUGAUGUCCACUUUGUUGGUU